AUGGCACCGUGUACACUUUCGAUCGACCUACUCCUCCUAGACUUUACGCCACGCCGCGGCCACAAGGAACCUUUUGCUCCGCAUACCUCGCCUCCUCCCGAUCCGCUCAUGAAGCCGCCGCAGUUGUCGCUCGUCGUUGUCCUCAUCCCGUGCCUCCUGUAUAACGCAGGCGCCUCCGGCGUCCCCGAGGCCGAGCUCCACGCACCGCGGUUCCAUUCCAUCUUCAGCUUCGGCAGCUCAUACUCGGAUACGGGCAACUUCGUCGUCCUGUCCGCCGGCUUCCCCUUCAGCCCCUUCAACAACUCUCCCUACGGGGAGACCUUCUUCCGUCGCCCCACCGGCCGGCCUUCCGACGGCCGCCUCAUCAUCGACUUCAUCGCGGAGGCGCUGGAGCUCCCGUUGGUGCCGCCUUUCAUGUCCAAGGCAGGGAACUUCACCCAAGGAGCCAACUUCGCCAUCGUCGGCGGUACGGCCCUCGACGUCGGGUUCUUCCUGCGGCACAACUCUGGGAGCGUGCCGCCGUUCCGGAGCUCCCUGCGCGCGCAGAUAGCGUGGUUCCGGAAGGUCGUGAAGCAGUCGCUCAGCUGCAACACCACUGCAGAAUGCAGGGAGCGCCUCGCGAGGUCUCUGUUCGUGGUAGGCGAGCUGGGCCUGACCGACUACAGCUACAUCCUCUCCGGCGGGAAGAGCCUGCAGGAGGCCAAGUCCUUUGUGCCGUUUGUUGUGCAAGCCAUCAUCAGAGGCAUCGAGAGGUUGGUGGAGGAGGGAGCGAGGUACGUGGUGGUAUCAGGGACGCCGCCGAUGGGGUGCACGCCGAUGGCGCUGACGAAAUACGCCGCGGCGGCGAACGCGACGGAGUACGACCGCCGGACGGGAUGCCUGCGGCGGCUCAACGGCCUCUCGCAGUACCAUAACUGGAUGCUGCAGGAGAGCGUGAGGCUCACGCGUGUGAAGUACCCGGGGACGACGCUGGUGUAUGCCGACUACCACAGGCCCGUGGCGCGGCUCAUCCGGCGCCCGGGAAAGCUCGGGUUCACAGCGGAGUCCCUGAGAGCGUGCUGCGGCGGGGGCGGGCGGUACAACUACAACAUGGAUGGAUCGGCGUGCGGCUUGCCCGGCGCGACCGCCUGCAACGACCCAUCUACCCACCUCUUCUGGGACGGCAUCCACUACACCGAGGCCGCCAACAAGUACAUCGCCCACGGCUGGCUCACCGGACUCUAA